AUGACAAAGCACAAUGUUCAUAAACGGGUUCAUCGACGAAAUGGUCGAAUUGAUAGCUUGGAAUUUGAUUUUACCGAACCUGGUCACUUGGGCAGCACUUCGCAAACAGUAAAAAUUUCACGAGACCAGUAUGAGCAAUCAAAAGCUACAAACUCAAAGCUAGUGUUAUCAUUCGAUGAGGCUACAGACGUUUUAAACGUAUUCAUGAAGGGGAGCCAUGCAACACCUGAUGAAAUAAGUGCAGUUUUUAGUAUUUUAGAUAAAAAUAAGUCCGGUGAUAUCAGUGUUCGUGAAAUUGCUGCUUUUACACGUAUUAUUGCACCCAAUUUCAAUAAAGAAACGGUCUUCGAACUUGUAUCAAUAGUUGACAGCAACGACGAUGAUAAGAUGAAUUUGACUGAAUUCACAAUUUUCAUCAAGAAAAAUCUUGGACGGAAAGUUGCUCUUAAUCGUCACUAG